CGAGGCCCUCCGGUUCCGGCCCCGCCGGCGUGCGCGCGUGCGCACUGCGCCCCCCGCCGGGCCUGCGCACUGCGCAAAGCGGGAUCGGAGCCGCGGCAGGAGGAUGUGGCGACCGUCACAGCUUUGCCGCUUACACUGCGCUCUGCUGCAGAGCGGGAUGAAGCCAUGGCUGCUGCCUGCCGCCCUCUCCAGGAGACACCUGAGGGCCCUGCCUGUGAGAGGGUCCUGGAGACCCCGGCCCCUGUGGAGGAAGGCCCUCUCCGCCACAGUGAUGGGGAUGCCCCUGCUCCUCGGCAUCCGCUAUUUCACGGCGGAGCCUCAGGAGAAGAGGCGGAUGCGGCUCAUGGCAGACGGCAUCGGGCGCUUCAGCAGGUCUCUGAGGAUUGGCCUUCAGAUUUCGCUGGACUACUGGUGGUGCACAAACAUCGUCCUGCGAGGGGUGGCAGAGAGUAGCCCAGGGUACUUGGAGGUGAUGUCUGCAUGUCACCAGCGGGCAGCUGAUGCCCUCGUGGCCGGGGCCAUCAGCAACGGGGGCCUCUAUGUGAAGCUGGGCCAGGGGCUCUGCUCCUUCAACCACUUGCUGCCGCCUGAGUAUGUCAGGACACUGCGUGUGCUGGAAGACAAGGCCCUCAAGCGCGGCUUCCAGGAGGUGGACGAGCUGUUCCUUGAAGACUUCCAGGCCCCGCCGCAGGAGCUCUUCCAGGAGUUUGACUACCAGCCCAUAGCCGCUGCGAGCCUGGCCCAGGUGCACCGAGCCAAACUGCAUGACGGCACUGCCGUGGCUGUGAAGGUGCAGUACAUCGACCUGCGAGAUCGCUUCCACGGGGAUAUCCACACUCUGGAACUCCUGCUCCAGCUCGUGGAGCUCAUGCACCCCAGCUUUGGCUUCAGCUGGGUCCUCCAGGACCUGAAGGGGACCCUGGCCCAGGAGCUGGACUUCGAGAAUGAGGGCCAGAAUGCUGAGCGCUGUGCGCGGGAGCUGCGGCACUUCCGUUACAUCGUGGUCCCCCGCGUGCACUGGGGCGUGUCCAGCAAGCGUGUGCUGACAGCUGAAUUCUGCGAAGGCUGCAAGGUCAACGAUAUGGAGGCCAUCCAGACCAUGGGGCUGGCAGUGCAAGAUGUAGCAGAGAAGCUGAUCCAGGCUUUUGCAGAGCAGAUAUUUUACACUGGCUUCAUCCAUUCUGACCCCCACCCAGGCAAUGUUCUGGUGCGGAAAGGCCCGGAUGGGAGGGCACAGCUGGUGCUGCUGGACCACGGGCUCUACCAGUUCCUGGAUGAAAAAGACAGGUCAGCCCUGUGCCAGCUGUGGCGGGCCAUCAUACUGAGGGAUGACACGGCGAUGAAGGCGCAUGCAGCCGCACUUGGGGUGCAAGACUACCUCCUGUUCUCUGAGGUGCUCAUGCAGCGGCCAGUGCGCCUGGGGCAGCUGUGGCGCUCACGCCUGCUGAGCCGUGAGGAGGCUGCCUACAUGCAGGAUAUGGCGCGGGGCCACUUCGAGGACAUCAUGGCCGUGCUCAAGGCGCUGCCGCGGCCCAUGCUGCUGGUGCUGCGCAACAUCAACACUGUGCGCGCCAUCAACACGGCCCUCGGCACCCCCGUUGACCGCUACUUCCUCAUGGCCAAGAGUGCGGUCGGGGCCUGGAGCCGCCUGGCCAGUGCAGCGUACCAGAGCGUCUACAGCACCAGCCUCCUGCGCCAUGUCCGGGCCACCUGGGAGAUGUUCAAGUUUGAAGUUGCCCUGAGGCUGGAGACCCUGGCCAUGCGGCUCACCACCUUUCUGGUUCGCAUCUUGGUGCCCCUGGGCCUCCUGCCCGAGGCCGAGGGCCUGUACCAGUACCUGGAGACCUAGGGAGCCCCUGGGCAGGAGGGCCAUGGAGCACACCCGCCUGGAGGUGUGGACACCCCAAGACCUCGGCACUGGAGCAACUGCGGCCUGGUGGUGGGUGGGGAGACGCGCACAGUCAGGCCGGGAGGCCCGCAAUGACCACAAGCUCUUCUUAUAUCAAA